UGAACAUCACCUAUAUAAAUGAUACAUAGUAAAAGUCUUAAAGGACCUAAUAUCAAAUGUAUUAAGUAUCAAAAGUCAAAGUAAAUUCUACAUAUAUGAAGAUGUAUUUACAUACUCUAUGCUGUGGGUCGACUGAUGAUCGGCCUGGCCGCUGAUCGGAUAUCUAUCAUCUCUUUUGAUAAUCAGAACCUGUGUUUUUUAUGAAAUUGCAGAUCAUUUAAAAAUAUGCUGUUUUGCAGCAUUUUAUCCAGAAAGCAUUAAUGUAUCGAAUAACUGUCGUUGAGUAAAAAGUACAACGUUGGCCUCCAGAAUGUAGAGGGGAGGACGUAUAAAGUGACAGAAAAUGGAAAUACUAAUAAGUAACAGUACGGUAAGCUACGAUGAUACUUAUUCUCAGUGUCACACUCCUCAAGAGGAAAUGAAGAAUUUAAGCAUCUCCGCACGGUGAAAAUGAGAGACGCAUGUCAUGCAUUUUAAGAAGAACCAGCCACCAGGAGAAAUAAUGCGAGGAGGAACUGAUGAUCAGUGACGGACAGAUGAACCCGGCGUGUCCUGAAAACACACGGCCUUCCACAAUCUGUGUUAUUUGAAUCCUUUUUCCCCCCCGCAGCAGCUGCAGCACUCUUCGUGUAUUUGCAUCUCUCUGGUUCAAUGGGCCCAACACACUUUGCUAAUUCAUCUGGCGGAGUUGUUAAUUCCCCAGGCCUGGCACCGUGGAGGUCGGGAGGCAGCCACUGCUGAUAUCAUGAUGGGCUCCAACACCACAGCACUCGUCCCCUCCACCUGUGCUCCUUUAGAUGCUGUGACCGCAAAGUUGGCCGUCAUGUACCUUUACUUCUUCCUGUUCCCCUUGGCGUUAUUGCUCAACGGGCUGGCGGCGUGGGUGUCCCUGCACCUCCGCUCCACCUCCACCUUCAUCGUGUAUCUCAAAAACCUGGUGGCUGCCGACCUGCUCCUGACGCUGACGCUCCCGCCGCGGGCAGCCAGCAUGCUUCCCAAAGCGGCGACGUGGGUGGGCUUGAAGGCGUUCAACUGCCGUUUCUCGAGUGCGAUUUUCUACACCUGUUUGUACACGAGCAUCUCUCUAAUGAGUCUCAUCAGCCUCGACCGCUUCUUCAAAAUCGUUCGACCGUGCGGGAAGGCGCUAGGACAAAGCGUGGCCUUCAGCGUCGUGAUGUCCGCCUUGGUUUGGGCAGUGUUGUUUGGCGGGACGCUUCUUCCGACCAUCAUCCUGACUGAUCGGCCUCCUGCCAACGUAACAGGCGACUUCUGUAUGUCAAUGAAAAGUCCAGCGGGUGUGACCCUUCACAAGUACGUGGUCGUAUCUAUGGAGGCCCUCUUCUGGCUCGUCAGCAUCCUGAUAGUGUUCUGCUACAUCUGCAUCACCCUGAAGGUCCUGCAGUCCUUCAGAAACUCCGGGAGCAGCAACAGCCAAGGAAAGAAGAAGACCAAGCUCCGAGUCUUCCUCAUCCUUCUCGUGUUUUUCAUGUGCUUCGGGCCUCUCCACAUCAUGCGCAUCCCCUUCACACUGGACGAAAUCUUCGACAUCGACGACUGCGCCGAAGCGUGGGUGGUAACAGUCCACGAGUUUGUCGUGUGGCUCUCGACCACUAACGCCUGCCUGGACCCUUUCCUCUACAUCUGCCUGUGCAGGGAGUACAGAGACAAACUGGUCGACAUGAUGAGAGCCAGAGGGAUCUGUGUCAGGCUGUAUUCGGAUGAAAGAGAGAAGGACGUGUCGGGUUAAAUGACGUUGGAGACACAGAAGAUGUCAUCAGUCGCUCAUUAAGCUGUGCUUUUAUAUUGUUGCAUGAAAAACGUGAAUAACGUAGGAAGCAGGAGAGCUUCACAGAAACUUCUGCGCUUUACAUUUUAUGCCGUACUGCCCUCUGGUGACCAAAUGAAGAUGAGCAUCUGUUGAGACUGAGGAAAACAAAAGUUAGAAACAUGAUGAAUUAACACCAUAUCAUAGAUGAGUCAACUUGAUCGCAAAAAUAUGCAAUGUGAAACUGUGAUUCAGUUUUAUAUAAAAUGGGUUCAACCGACAAACACACACAUUCUAGAUACAUUUCUCAGGGAUGUGUCUCAGUACUACAUAGAUCUUUCGUAUACACACAUUCAUGUAUAUGUUUAUGUAAGUACAGUCUUUCUUUCAAGUUUUCAUAACUCAACACCAUGUUUUAAUCCCAUGUUAUUGUGAGACUUAUAUAUUCGUAUGUACUCAUGUAUCAAUAAAUCUAACGUUGAAGUCGUCUUUUGUUUUGUCUCUUGGGUGAUGGGGUCACCGCAGUUACCAUUUACCAACAGUCUGAGUAACAAUGUAACUCAGUCUCGUUAGCCCAUAGGAUUUAAAUAUGUAUUUGUAACAGGAAGUAUAGUAAACAACAUUUUGGGUGGAAUUAAUAGACUGUGUUGUAAAAGUUGCACAAAGUCACGCUACAGAUAUCCUGUUAAAGCAUCAUCCAUAUGAAUAUCACUUGUAUAGAAAGCUUCAAGUGUUAAAGGUAAAGAUGUCAUGUGUGCUUAAGUAUCAAUAGUACAAGUAAAUUUUAUAUGUAUUUACUCGAUGUAUAUACUGUACAUUAUGAGUCGACUGAUAACUUGCCAGCUAUCCAUUCUGAUAUUGUCUUUAUCAGAAUCAGUGAUUUGUUUUUGU